UCCAAUGGAGUGAAGACCCAGACCUAGCUGUGGACAACAGAUUCGGAUGCAGCCUUAGCAUCCCCCAUGCAUUGAAUGCCAUCGUAUUCAUUCGUACUAUCGUAGGCAUACUGCAGUUACUCCGAAAUGGCGUCAUAUUUGGAUGAAAUUCAAAAAUAUUUUCUGCACCACAACCGGACGAAGGAAUUCAGUGGAAAUCAUACUGCCAAAGUACAUUCAGUUGGCUGGAGCUGCGAUGGUCGUCUUCUUGCAUCAGGGUCUUUCGACAAAACUGUGAGCGUGUUCCUUCUAGAAAGAGAUCGAAUGUCAAGAGAAGCAACAUAUCGAGGUCACACAGACAGUGUUGACCAACUAUGCUGGCACCCAUUUCAUCCAGAGUUAUUUGUUACGGCAUCUGGAGAUAAGACCAUCAGAAUAUGGGAUGCAAGAGCUAACAAGACAGUAGCAACAGUUAAUACAAAAGGUGAGAACAUAAAUAUCUGCUGGAGUCCAGAUGGCCAGACAAUUGCUGUUGGCAACAAGGAAGAUCUUGUGACCUUUGUGGAUGCCAGAACCCAUCGUGUAAAAUCUGAGGAACAAUUUAAAUUUGAAGUCAAUGAAAUUUCAUGGAAUAACGAGAAUGACUUAUUUUUCCUGACUAAUGGGCAUGGCUGCAUAAAUGUUUUAAGCUAUCCUGAUCUGAAAUCUCUUCACGUUCUCAAUGCUCACCCUGCCAACUGUAUUUGCAUUGAGUUUGACCCAACUGGAAAGUACUUUGCAACAGGAAGUGCUGAUGCUCUUGCCAGUUUGUGGGAUGUCAAAGAACUUGUUUGCCUGAGGACUUUCUCAAGACUGGAUUGGCCUGUGAGAACAUUAAGCUUCAGCCAUGAUGGAAAGAUGCUUGCAUCUGCUUCAGAGGAUCUGGCUAUUGACAUUGCUUGUGUUGAAACAGGUGAGAAGAUCACUGAAGUCCAGUGUGAAAGUCCAACAUUCACAGUUUCAUGGCAUCCCAAGAGACAUUUGCUGGCAUUUGCGUGUGAUGAUAAAGAUAAGUACAACAGAGAUAGAGAUGCUGGCACUGUUAAACUGUUUGGACUCUCAAAUGAUUUGUGUUGAUGGUUUAUCUAGUUUUCUAUAGAGGUUUUUCUAUAGAGUUUUAUAGGGGUAGGUAAGAUUAUCUUGAAAAGCAACUUCCAUAAAAUCGGUCGGAGGGGUACACAUCUGUCAUAGCUAACUUUAAAAAACUGAGCUGCACAACUGUCGAAAGCAGUUCUCCUGUAAGAAAACAGAACAGGGCUUGUGAAUUUUAUAACCCAAGACAAAAGAAGUUUCAUGUGUUUUUUCACUUUUUAUCACAGAAUAGUCACCAUGGAAAAGCCUCUUCGCAAAUAAAAUACAUGUAUAACAAAAAGCUAGAGCAUGCCUACCUGAACUUUGUAAUGUCCGUUAUUUAACAUUUGUAGAUUAGGCUAUGUCGAGUAUGUGGCACCACUCUUUGUAUAGUUCUCAUUGAUUGAUCUUAACAUGGAGGAAGGACACAAAAGGACUUUGAACUGCCCAGGCUACAACAUCUGGCCAAUUACCGCUUUCUGUCAUGUCUGGUAUGUCCAUAGCCAGAGCACAGUGAAUGCUUGCUAUGCACCAGCUGUUUCAUAACCAUAAGCCCCCUUUUUACCCCAUGAUCAUUGCCGCAAUCAUUCGCUGACAAAAUAAAAUUACAAACAUUGCAUGGAUAAUGGAAAAGUGCAUCAAAAUCUUUAAAAACAAUUUAUUCACGACGGCUAAAGUAAAUCUAUUGCUAGAUAUUUUCUUUCUUUUUCCCGGUCACUGCGACAAGUUGCAGUUAAUUGCAAAGAAAACUCCACAAAUAUUGCUAGGAUAUAACUGGUCCCGCUUGUCGAGCUAAGCUACAGGCAGUAAUCAGGCAUUUUUGGAAUGAUUACUAUUGUUUGUCUGACCGGGCGGCGAUGAUCAUCGAGCACUUUGACGUGCCAGAGUUGUAACUCCUUCCAUGUCCUUCCUCCAUGAUCUUAGUAAUCUUUUUACAGCAGAGCAAAUAAUAGAAAAUCCAUGAUAAAAGCACGGAAUUUGGUCUACUCAUUCUGUACGGAAUUUGUCAAGUACAUUUGUCGACCAACAACCAUUUUCCAAAAUAGGUACCUCCAACCUGUUUUUUCUUGACACAGUCCAGGUACAUGUAUAGUUUACCUCCACCGAUACAAAAUUAGAGAAAGCAGAAUUCCAGUCUUAACACUUGUUCACUUGCUUCAGAUGAAAAAAAAGAGAUAAAUUUGUGUUACAAGUUUAACAUAGUUUUUGGGGUGAAAAAAAGUCAUUUUCACAGUAACCCAGCUGCUUUAUCGAAUGUGUUUUCUAAAUUGUAGACCCAAUUUUAAAGUGCGCAGUAACGUGCUAAUCACUGCCAAAUGGGAUCCAUUUAUGUAUUUCGAUUUUCGGGCAAAAUCCAAAUAAUUAAGAAGACAGUAAAGCACACACAAAGACCUGCAAGAUUGCCCAGAAGUAAAAUAAAUCACUUACAAAGGGCUUUCCUCAUAACACACGUAAAAUUAAAAAACAGGUACAUUUAACAAAAGAUCACAAGAUAUUCUUUUAAAUACAUGAAAACAAUUAUAUUUAGCUGUGUUUUUGUUCACGCUCCUACAUAAACUGUAUGCUCCAUUUCCCCAUGUGUCAUUAUUAUUCACCAAAGGUGAAGAGUUAGUGUUACGAGUUUUCCCAGUUUGUACGACAUAAUUGUAUUUGUUUUGUAUAAUUAAAAAGAGAUAAAACACAGUGUGAAGAUAUUUGUCACUUAAA